UGGGGCAGAUUUCCACCCAGAUGACUGACAUGUACGACUACAUGGGGCAAAUGACUACCCAGAUGAGCACACUGCAGGUGACCGUGAAUGAGAUGCAAGAUGAGUUCUGAUUUUUCAGUGAAAGAUACAUGCAUCCCACCACAUCCAACUACCAUAAUACUAGCACCACCAAUGAAGAAAAUGCGGAUGAGGGAGAGAGGAGUAGGAACUCAAAUUGUGUUGUUGUUGUUAAAUCUUGAAAACGAUUGUGGAUUGAUAUUAUGUGGUUUUAGAUUUGAGUUAUGUGAACAGAGAACAAUUAUGAUGUGUGUUUUAUUGUAUUUCUUGUUAGUUUGUUUACUUGUUAUGUUAUGAAGUUAUUAGUCCUUGCUAUCAUUAUUUAGGACUGAUUCUGUUGGUUUGAAACGUAAUUUGUACGAACAAAAUAAUCACCCACAUCGACAUACAUAAGCCAAAAAGACGCAGGUCAUAGAUUGAUUUUCCAUUAUUCGGUCGACCUCGUACCGGAUUAGGUCGAGCUCGAAAUCAACACUCUUGAUCUGCAUUUUAUGCCAAAUGAUGAUGGAUAAAUGAAUACAACACUUAUCUUUUAUCUGGUCGACCUCUUUCUGCAAAUGGUCGACCAUUUUGUUAAUGAUUGCCAUGAAGUGGUCGACCUAUAUACUGUUAUGGUCGACCAUUUUGCUUCUGACGCCAAUGAAAAGGGCGUUCGAUGUUUUUAUCGUGGUCGACUCAUAAUGACAACUUAAACUAAAAUGGUCGACCACUACAUUUUAAAGGUCGACCGUGAUAAGUCAUAAGGGUGCCCACAUUAGUGAAUUCGGUCGACCUCUGUUUGGAUUAGGUCGGCCGAAAAGUGCAUGUUACGGUGACAUGCAUGUCACGAUAGGCACACCCAAAAAUUUAUAUGUACUAUACUAGUUCUAGUUCAGAAGAGGGUCGGGUCGCGACCGGAGUGGUCCAUCCCUAGAUCCGCCAUUGGUCAGCUAAAAUGAAUCAGAUGGAAAUUGCAAUAGCUAACAAGGGUGGACAAUGAGUUGAUCCAUACCGGACCACAACGGACCGAUUCGAUGUUUGGACUGGAACACACCGAAUUGAAUAUAAUAUGGUUCGAUCCUUGGUCCUAUUAAUUUUACAAAUACUGGAAAAAAAUGGACCGAAUUCACGUUUGAACCGGACAAAGUGGACUAACGGCACUAUUGGUCCGGUCCUUAGUCCUAAAAUAUCUAUCACUAUUAGACUAUAGUUCUCCUGAGUUUGGUCCGAUUCAUUCCGGACCGGAGCGAUGCCCACCCAUAGCUAACAUCAUAGGAAAUACAGUUUGAAUUCGUUUGGGGUCAGAUAAAAUGAAUCAGAUGGAAAUUGCAAUAGCUAAGAAUAGGGGUGGGAUUCGGUCGGUAAACAAUUUACCGUUUAUCGAAUUUACCGGUUUUGGUAUACCGAAGUUGGCCAAACUGGUUACCGAUUAACGAUACUGGUUUGUAACCGGUUUACCGAUUACCGAAUUACCGGUAAACGGUUACAAACCGGUAUUACCGAAAUACCGUGAGAAGCGAUUUCGGGCGGUUUUUUUGUCGGUUUACCGAAUAUUUACCGAACCGAAUUUCUGGAAGUGGGGUGAUGUUGUAAUAUUUUGAUUUUUUUGAGUUUUUUUCAUCAUUUUUAUAAUUAAUAAUUUAUUAUUAACUCUUAUUUACAAUAUUUUUGAGGCCUAUACUUACAUUCAAGUAUGUAAUAUUUUAUAUUUUUGGGGGUAAAGCAACAAAACGCAGCGCAACACUAGGGAGUAGGGAGGGGGAUUCGAUAUCGGUAAUACCGAUUUACCGUCGGUAUUUACCGAUACCGUGUCCGGUAAACCGACUCCCCCAACUUCCCGCUCAGCUACCGAUACCGCCAGUAAACGGUUUACCAUUUACCGUCGGUUACCGGUUCGUUUACCGGAUUACCGUUUACCGGAUUACCGUUUACCACCCCCUAGAUAAGAAGAUGGAUCAUAGGAAAUACAGUUUGAAUUCUUUUUAAAUCUUCAUCAUUUUGGGCCCGGAUGCGGGAUGCAUAGUUAAAAUAGAAAUCUGAACAGCGGAAGAAACAAACGAGAAUACCUAAUACGACCCCAAACAAACAACACAACAAUUUCCUUCCCCCGCAAGACAACUGUAAAUUUAUGCUUGUAUUCUCGGUUGCAGCCGAAGCAGCAGUAAGUAGCGCCACAGUUGCAGACGCCGAAUGGAACAAAAAAGACGUAAAACCCGUCAUCAUCAACCCUCCCUUCCCUUGUUUUCCCCUCCCACCACUUGGCGCUUUCUCCUCUCUGCCGGCAUUCCUUCCAUUUCCCCCUUAAAACCCCUUCUUCUUCCCCUCCUACUCGUCUACUCCUUUCUUCGAAUCCCCCAUUUCUUACCUCUCUCUCUCUCUCUCUUCUGGGAUUUCCCCUCUCUCCAUAACCCAUCAACUCAAAACCCCCAAAAGGCAAUACAUCCCCUGUUUUCCAAGACUGAGUGUCCUUCUUCUUUGCAAUCAGGAAUCAUCACCAACAGAAGCAAGGAUUCGAAUUUCGUGGGUCUAAAUGGACAGGCUGAUCAAAUUGGAGCCGUCGAACGUGGCGGCGGUGCGGAUCGAACCGGGCCAAAAAUGCUCCGGCGAGCUCACCCUCCGCAACGUCAUGUACACCAUGCCGGUGGCUUUCCGGAUCCAAGCCCUGAACAAGAAUCGAUACGCCAUCAAGCCCCAAUCCGGCAUAAUUUCGCCUCUCGCGACCCAAUCCGUCGAGAUCACUUACAUCCUCCCUCCAGGAUCCCACAUCCCCGAAACUUUCCCCCACUGCGAGGACUCUUUCCUCCUCCACAGCGUCGUCGUCCCGGGCGCCGCAAUUAAGGACCCGACCUCUGCUCUCGACGCUGUGCCCAACGACUGGUUCACCACCAGGAAGAAGCAGGUGUUCCAGGACAGCGGGUUGAAGAUCAUGUUCGUCGGGUCCCCUGUUCUGGCCCAGCUCGUCAUCGACGGCGCCAUGGACGAGAUCCGGGAGGUUCUCGAGCGGAGCGACCCGAGUUGGAAGGCCGCCGAUUCGGUCGACCCGCACGGCGAGCCCCUGCUCCACAUCGCCAUCUCUCACGGGCGGGCGGACAUCGUUCAGCUGCUUCUGGAGUUCGGGCCGGAUGUGGAAUUCCGGAGCCGGUCCGGGUCGACCCCGCUCGAGGUCGCGGCCGGGUCGGGCGAGGCCUUGAUUGUCGAGCUUUUGCUCGCCCACAGAGCCAGCACGGAGAGAUCCGAAACUUCCUCCUGGGGACCAAUCCAUCUCGCGGCCGGAGCGGGACACGUGGAGGUUCUGAGGCUUCUUUUGCUGAAAGGGGCCAGGGUUGACUCGUUGACCAAGGACGGCAGCACGGCCCUCCACAUCGCGGUCGAACAGCGGCGGCGGGACUGCGCGCGUCUGUUGCUGGGCAGCGGGGCGCGUGGGGACGUGAGGAACGGGAGGGACGGCGACACGCCGCUCCACGUGGCGGCGAGGCUCGGCGACGAGAAUAUGGUGAGGCUUUUGCUGCAGAAGGGGGCGAAUAAGGAGAUACGCAACCGGAACGGGCAGGUGUCGUACGACAUCGCGGCGGAGUACGGCCACUCGCGGCUGUUCGACGCGCUGAAAUUGGGGGAUAGCUUGUGCGUGGCGGCGCGUAAGGGAGACUCGCGCGCGAUCCAGCGGGUGAUCGAGAGCGGCGCGUCGGUGAACGGCCGGGACCAGCACGGGUGGACGGCGCUGCACCGGGCGGCGUUCAAAGGGAAGAUCGAGGCGGCUCGGACUCUGCUCGAGAGAGGGAUCGACAUCGAUUCGAAGGACGAGGAUGGGUACACAGCUCUGCACUGCGCGGUGGAGGCUGGACACGCGGACGUGAUCGAGCUGCUGGUGAAGAAGAGUGCCGACGUGGAGGCGCGUACGAACAAGGGGGUGAGCGCGUUGCAGAUCGCGGAGUCGUUGCAUUACGUGGGGAUCACGAGAGUGUUGAUCGCCGGCGGAGCGUCGAGGGAAGGGAUGAACCAAGGAGCGGCGGCGCCUCCGACGCACGCGCCGUUCGGGAACGUGUUGAUGGCGGGGAAGGAGGCGGAGAAGCCGAUGAAGAAGCGGCCGGUGAGGGCCAGAGCGAUGCAGAAUAGUAUUGAUCGGUCGGCGGCCCCGCUUGCAGUGUAAAGGAGGGAGGGCAAAACGGUGAUUGGUGAUGGCGUUUUGUAUUUCCGAUACUGGAUUAAUCUGUUUUCAGCGUUAAGAUUAAAAAAAUUGAUUAUUCAGUUUUGGAAGGUAAGGAUUAAUGUGGUGGAAGCGACAGCGUCUCGCCUCAAAAAAUAUGUUCAUUCCUUCUAUAACCCCAAAAGGAAAAUACUAAUCCUAUUGUGUUAUUAUGUUUCUUCAUUGCUUGCUUAAGUUUAGGGAAAAUAAAAAUGUAUCAUAACUUGAAUUCAACGGUUCAUGUGUUUGUAAUAUGAAUAAAAUGAAUGGUUAUUAAAUUCAACGGUUCAUGUGUUUGUAAUCUGAAUAAAAUGAACGUUAAUAAUAACCUUUGUCAAUAUGGGUAUACAUUCUUGCCCAUCAUCACUAAGAGUCUUUCCUGGUGAAAACACUUUUGUUGGUAUAAUUUAUAUUAUCGAUAAAAUUAUUGUUAUUUUGUUUAAGGUUUUGUGAUAAAGAAAUAUGUAGCACUUGAUAAACAAUUGUGCUAACAUGCUAAUGUUGGCUGCAAGCAAUCAAUAUAUGUUAGUUUCAUUAGAUCGCUCACACAUAUUCUUGAUCAGUGGCGGAUCUAUGAGGCUAAAAUUUGAUAUAACAGUUAUUCAUCGUGACAGUAGUGUGUGUAUGGGUGAAAUUAAAAACAAUGAUGUAUCAAAGUCAAACACAAGAGCCCAAUUCCAUAAUGUGUUUCGAAACAAGGAUGAUCAAAUGGGAAGAGAUGAAAUGGAGAUACAAAGCUUAAUAUCAGCAUACUUCUUUUCUCGAUAAAAUAGGGAGGAAAUUCAAUCCCCACUUGGAUUAGCCACUCAAUUGGGUGACACAAUAUUAAACAAAAACCAAACCAACCAAUAUUUUUGAGCUAAUCAGCUUAUCCAUUAUGAAUGCAUGACAUCAAACAAAAUGAUAAAAAUGUGAAAUAUCCCGAGAGAUUACUAAUAAGAAAGUUGAACCCAAAUCAAGCCAGCAAAUCGAACAAAAUAUACUUUUCUGGCCGGUUGAAUAUAUAUGAAUAAUUUAGGUGACCGUUAUUUCUGAGGUCAAGUCUCCUAAGAUAGCGAUUAACAAACUACUGCAAUUAGUGGCCCAUUGCUCGUCUCUUAUUAGUCAUUAUUAUUGUUAAGUAAGCAUGGAAGCAAAGUGCAUUCGUAGAGAGUCCAUAUAAUAGUCGUUUUGUUUAGGUAUUGGUAAAUACAUGGACCAUUUUGUCAACAUCUAUGGUCAUUGGUGUUCAUACGUAACGUACCUAUAGUGCAUAUAAUUUAUCCGCAAACACUUUGGGUAGGUACUAUAUAUUUUUUAGUUCAGUUUUUUCUUUUAAACUGUCAUUUUGGAAAAAGAAAUUAUUGAUAGAUCAAUGGUCACUGACAGGGUUAUAUAUUUGACUCUAGGGCUGGUCAACAGUUAUUCAGUUAGCUGGUUAACCGAUAACGGAACCAGAGUCGACGGUUAAUGGUUACACUGAUAAGGGAUUAAAUAGUAAACUGUCUGUUUUUUUAGAGAAAUUUAGCUAAUUUACUAAUUGAUGAUUAACGGUUAGUAAUCGACGGUUGAGCGGUUAAUCAGCUAACCGAUUAUGACCAUCCUCAAAAUUAUGGUAGAAAAUAAUAGGUCUCGGUUAGCCGCAGACACAGGCUGAAAAUAAUGAUGCGUUUGAAGAUCAGCAAGAUGCCUUGCCUAGCCUAGUUACAAUAGUGACUUAGGUUCAAAUUAUAAUUAUUUUAAAGGGCUCUAGAAGUAGCACAAUAGAAAGAUAGACCUGCGCACAGUAGCUCGACAACAAUCAGCAAUAUUUAAACUUUCAUGUAAUUUGAUGGCGUUUAUAAGUUGAAUAAUUGUUGUUGGGUCUCUUUUUCUUGUCUGAUUCUUUAAUCAAAUUUGACGAUAGAA